AUGGAUACAUGUUUUGAUCUUCAAGAGGACAAACUUUGCGGGGUACUCUAUACUAUUGAAAAUGAGCUUAAUAGAGUAUUAAAUAGUAAAAAAGAGAUCAAAUACAAUGGAUCGAAAACCCAUCAAUACAACAAUCAAAGUGACUUGCCCUUACACCGCAGUGUUCUUGGUGCAGUCAAGAAUCCAGUCUCGUCAAAAAUAACCAGAAGUUAUUUGAAACAAGAGAAAACAAAUCUUCUCGGAAAAGUAAUUCAAACGACACUUUCGAAGGAUUCAGAGCAGAAGCCAGAAAAUCCUAAUAGCGUGACAGGAUCGAAAAGGGUGGCUCCGGCUGUAGCAGGCGCGCUAACAAAAAUCGCGGGAAACGAGCAAGUUCAACAAGCUGUGGUCGAUAAGGGAAUUGAAGUGGCGGGGAAACUGGUUGAUAAACAUCUGAACAUAAUUGACGAGGCCCAAGACAAAGCUUCAAAUUUUCUUAAGAAAAGAAUUGAACUGGAUAUCAUGCCACAAAAGGGUUGGAAGACAGAAGAUAUGUUCGUUCCACCGGGAUACCAGAUUAAUGCCAAGGUUGAAGAUGAAAGUCCAUCGAGUUCUCCGGAAAAUCCUCCCCCAGCAUAUAAUUACCCAGCAGGCAUGGGGAGUGUGAUCAUGAAUGGCUGCUGGGGGACUGGUUAUAAGAAGGGGGACCCUUGCUUUGAUGCUGUGGAGGCAACUGGCCAAUGCAGGAACAUGAUUGAUGGUGCUGCAUUUAUUGGUGUUGGUUUUGAUGGUCGUGGUCAAUACAGCCCUGAGUCCAGGAAGAUGAGUAUCAUCCAGAGAAGCUGUGCUGGAGGGUCCACUUAUGAAAACUUUCAAGUGCCAGACACGAUGAACGUUCAUGGGAUCUACGAUACAACAGCAAGCAUGAGUGUAUUUACGUCACGAUCUGAAUAUCAAAAGUAUUUACAGCGAGAAUCAGGCGUUUCUGGGUCCAGUUUUGGAUUCUACGCUGGUGUCAAGACUGCGUGGGGAAGCUCCAAAAGUGGCGCAAAACAAACCAAUCUUGCCAUCUUUGAUAUCGAUGUGGACAGAUACGAAAUCUUUAAAGACGAGGUAAAGCCACAAGAUCUGAGCAGAAACUUCCUAAGGGAAUUCGUUGGUCUCCAUAUGCAUUACUUCACACCUGGUGCUCCAGCAAAAUUCCAGGACUUCAUUCUUCGGUGGGGAACUCACUACAUCAAGUCUGCCAGGUUUGGUGGUCAGCUGGAACUACGGAAGACACAGUUAGCAAGCAUGACCGCCAGCAAAGAAGAAUUCUCUCGAGAAAGUGAAAUGGAAUUUAAAACUCUUUUUUCGAGCGUAAGCAAAAGGACGAGCGUCAAAUCUGACAGCUCGUCCAAGUCACAGCAAAACUACAUGUCAACAUCUAUGGUUGUGCAAGGGGGAAGUCAGAGAAUAGCAGCUGCAAUAUCCGAUAUGUACUCACCAACAUUUAAGCCUGAAUUUGUGGAAUGGUUACAGAGUAUUCCCGACUACCCCAAAGCCUUCAAGUUCCUCAUGUCAUCUAUCACUGAUCUGGUGGAUUUUCGUGCCAACGACUUGUUUCCAGAGGAAAACAUAGACUGGGGUUGCGAAAAGAAUAAAUUGAAUCUUACACUGGACGAGAUAUCUCAAAAAAGUUACUAUGUUGGCAACAACAACAAACGUGUUUACUGUGAGUUUGCCAGUCGGGAGGAGAUGGACUAUAGCUUGAAACGCAAACGUAUGAGUUUGAAAUGGGCGAUUGAAGUGUACAUGGAAGAGGGAACGAUGUCCAUCAUUGAUAUUAGUAUUCCCGCUGGAAAUGCUGGCUGUCAAAAUCUACUUGCGGCACCCGAAUAUGGUAUUGGCAUCCCAAAGUCUAUGUCAAGGAUUGCCCAAUACAGUGAAGGCAAAUGGUAUACGACAAACGAAAAUGGUGAGUUCCAUCUUUAUGAUGGUUUUAAUAAUGGCGGGAGCAGUAACCUUGCCAACAAGAAAAUUUCCAUAUUUGGUCUUGUCCUGACUUACAACGAGGCCGACGGAAGCCUCACUCUAAACAGUGCAGAUUAUAUAGAGUCUAAAAGGUUCUUUCCUAGUCUAAGCGAACUUUUAAAGGGUAAACAGCUUGCUCGCGCUCAAUGGCCAGUUCAAGAAGUUUUCCAGGAGCGUGGUGGCAGUAAAGUUCAAAACCCGAUAGGACAUUUACCAUGUAACGUUCAUUGGUCUAACGGGCUCAGGUUUGAUCCAAGUGACCGUGGUGGUAAGUGCCUUCAUUUCACAGCUUCUACAAAAGGUACUCUGUAUGUAGUUUUCUCGGCGGUUCCCAGUAACAAGGACACUUGGUACUACGUUGAAAUUGCACCAUUUGGAGUUGGCAUCUACAAGGGACGACGACUUAAAGUAUCUACUGUCAAUACCAAUGCUGUAGCCUUAGGAGACGCUCUCUUGUACCAGUCAUACUUUGUCUGUGUUACUGAGUCACCAACAAGUACCGUCAUUGAGUAUGGCAAGUCCCAGGGCACCACCGACAGUGGAGAUGUCUACUUGACCAUGAUCGAUCACGAUCAGCCGCUACAUGUUCGCUUUUAUUCUUUUGCUAAUGGCGAAGAGCAAGCGCAAGUUGUAGAUUCCCAUGUGGUAUCUCGUAAACUGACCACCGCAGAAUGUAAAGGAGAUACUUACAGAGAUAAGGAGGAGCCAAACUGUGUACAGAGAUGUCACGAAGCUUGUGCCCCUUUAGCAGGGUGCAAAUCCAAUUCCCAGGGAGCACCAAAAGCAUCAGAAUGUAACGAAUGUCGUUAUGCCAGGGAUAGGAAUAGUGUGUGCGUGGACCAGUGUCCUACAGGAGAGUCACCAAAUAAGGAUAAAUAUUGUGCUACAUCAUACGAUUUAAAAUUCAAACCUAACACUGAAAACUCCGCCCUCGCUGGAUUCCCGACUUUAAGCGAACUCACGAUCUGUUUUUGGACUCGUUUCUCCAAUAGUCCAAGUGGAAAAUUUUUGGAUAUUUUGAAAUAUUUUAACAAAGGUGCAACAGAAUCCGUGUUUGAAGUGAGUGCUCUGCGCACUACACAAGGAAUACCAAGGAUAUUUGUCGGCGUUUAUAUGGUUGUCAGGGGAGAUAUGCGUUAUCAUAGUAGAACUUCAGAUGUUAAAAACGACAACGGAUGGCACCAUUUUUGCGUGACUCGAGACAGUAACUCAGGUUCAACAAAUCUUUAUGGCAAUGGCAUCAAAGAAAACGCGGAUAUUUCUAACCAAUUUAUGAUUCCAAGAGCAGUUCCCAUGGCAGAAGGAAAGAUGCACUUCGGGGGAUUUGGCGUGAACAACUUCCCAGGAGAGAUAUCAGGUCUUAAUAUCUGGGGAAAAAUUUUGUCGGAGGAUGAAAUUGCUAAAAUAGCUCAGUCGUGUGAUGGCAGUAAUCCAGGGAAUGUGAAAAACUGGAGUGACAUCAAGAAUGAAUUGAACCUGAGUAAAUACACUAUUACAUCGCCUUCCAAGUGCAAAACAAAUUAA